UGCUGCUGGCAGAAUACUGGUGCGUCCUUCCUUAUACCGCACACCCUCAAUUUGACUGCAGUCAUCCCGAGAAGUGCGUUUCAGGUUAUUUACUGAUAUGCAGCAGUAUUUGUAGGAGAUAUGAAACUGUGUCAGAUCUUCGUCUCAGAUUUGGUGUACCGGUAUGUACCUUGUCGACCACGGAGAUAAUUGCGAAUUUGCUACGGAUUACGACGAGCGACCCUUUUCUCAACCCGCGGUUCCGUAUUGACUGAGCACUUAUGCAUUCAACUUUCUGAAAAACAUUGGACCUUGGCUAUCUGUAGCCUCUUUGCCAACAGCAACAAUGUAUCAUGUUAUAAAAGGACUUGUUCUAACAGAAUCCCAAUGCUGGGAUCCCGAUAGUGAAAGGUCAUACCAAGACCUAUUCGAUAAACUGGACACCAACAAGGAUGGGAAGGUCGAUGUUGCUGAAUUGAGAGCGGGUAUAACCGCAAUGGGCAUGUCAUUCCGCAGAGGUGCAGCGCAGAAAAUUGUAUCGUCUGGUGACGAAAACAAAGAUGGAGGGCUUGACUUCAAUGAGUUCAACAAUUAUCUGAAAGAACACGAGAAGAAACUGCGCCUGACGUUCAAGAGCUUGGACAAAAACAACGAUGGGCACAUCGAUGCCUCUGAAAUCAAGCAGUCCCUUGAAGAGCUGGGCAUGGACAUAACCAAGGAAGAGGCCCAGACCAUCCUACAAAGCAUGGACAUUGAUGGCACCAUGAUGGUGGACUGGAACGAGUGGAGGGAUCACUUCCUGUUCAAUCCUGCCCAUAACCUGAACGAGAUCAUACGCUACUGGAAACACUCCUCAGUGCUGGACAUAGGUGAGAGCAUUGCCAUCCCUGAUGAGUUCACAGAGGAGGAGAAGACCUCUGGUGGCUGGUGGAAACAGCUGGCUGCCGGGGCGAUGGCUGGGGCGGUCUCUCGCACAGGCACCGCCCCCCUGGACAGGGUGAAGGUCUUCAUGCAGGUCCACUCCUCCAAGUCCAACCGGGUCACCCUGCUGGGAGGAUUCAAGCAGAUGAUUAAGGAAGGGGGCGUGGCCUCAUUAUGGCGAGGGAACGGGGUCAACGUGUUAAAAAUAGCCCCUGAGACUGCUAUCAAGUUCAUGGCCUACGAACAGUAUAAGAAGCUGCUGACACCAGAGGGAGGGAAGGUCCAGACCCACCAGAGGUUCAUGGCUGGCUCUCUGGCAGGAGCCACCGCCCAGUCAUCCAUCUACCCCAUGGAGGUGAUGAAGACCAGACUGACUCUGGGGAAAACUGGCCAGUAUAAUGGAAUGUUUGACUGUGCCAAGAAGAUUCUGAGGAAAGAGGGCAUCAAAGCCUUCUACAAAGGCUACACUCCCAACAUGAUAGGCAUCAUUCCCUAUGCUGGCAUCGACCUUGCUGUUUACGAGAGCCUGAAGAAUGCAUGGUUGUCCCGCUAUGCCAAAGACACAGCCAACCCUGGCAUCUUGGUGCUGUUGGGCUGUGGCACCAUCUCCAGCACCUGUGGCCAGCUGGCCAGCUACCCCCUCGCCCUGCUUCGCACACGCAUGCAGGCACAAGCAACUCUGGAAGCGUCGGACAAGUCCACCAUGACUGGACUGAUGAAGGGGAUCAUGGCUAACGAGGGUUUCUUUGGACUGUACCGGGGUAUCCUGCCCAACUUCAUGAAAGUGAUUCCUGCUGUGAGCCUCAGCUAUGUGGUCUACGAGUACAUGAAGACCGGCCUGGGGAUCUCCAAAUGAUGCAGGGACAGUCAGACAGGAUGUUAAGUCUUUAGGUCUUUUUGGACAGUUUAGUUGGAACUUAGUGAUCCGCACAGACUUUUAUGAUCUCACGUGGACAACCAAACGUUGCCAUAUUGUGAUCACUCUGUGUACUGGGCGUUACGAGGAGAACCAUGAAAUCAAGGUUGGGUCUGAGAUAGGCCAUAGCAGUAGACUCUCCAAAAAUGAUGCUCUCCUCUUUAACUCAAGGUGAAAUUCCAAUAUGGUGCAAUAUACCUGUUAAGAACUGCAUUAUGGAUCUUAAAACAUAGAGAACGAGGUAUCGAUGUCUUCAGGUGAACACUGUGAACGAGGUUCAAGAGCUUUGUCCAAACUAUUUUUGUUCCACUGUAAUAUUAGACGCUCCAUGCGCACAUUUUAGAGAAUCCCACACUACUACAGUUUGCUAUAGAAUUCUGUGAUAAAUUGUAGUCUGGGUACCAGUCAAUUUAGCUAACGUUCCACUACCUGUACUCCGUGUCAUAUGCCUAAGAUAUAUUUAAAGAAUGAAGAAAGACCGUCUCUUUGGCAUAUCACAUGGAGUAGGCUACAAGGAGUGGAAUGUUAGCUAAAUAGACUGGUACCCAUCAUCAACGAUCACUCGGGGUUGAGUAUGAUUGUCCUCCUGGUGGGUCUUCAGAUGGCUGAAGAGGCCGAUCCGGGAGCCACAUAUUUUGAUGCGGUAUGGGCCAGGGUGAGUGGUGGUGGUGGGUGGGCGUUCUUGAUGGGAAGUCUCUCCUUUCGAAGUUGCUGCUUGUCCUCUGCGGCACGGCAGAGAUUUUCUUUGUACCAUGCAACUUCGUCAUGGACAGCUUUUCUCCAUGUCGACCUGUCGAGGAGUGGAAUGUUAGCCAAAAAGGCUGGUACCCAGGCUAAGUAAACUGUAGUAUACUGUAGAAUACUAUACUACACACGGUAGUAUCCCUCGAUCAGGGGUAUUACAUAAUAUAUCAUUUGGUAGUAUACUGUAGAAUACUAUACUACACAGUGUGGUAUUCCUCAUUCAUGUGUAGUACUUACUGUAGAAUUCUGUAGUGAACUGUAAAAUAUUAUAAUAUUUGAAUAACUAUAGUAUAUUAGUAAUAUAUGCAUAAAACACUAUAGUAAAUAGUACAGUAAUGUCCACAGAACACUGCAGUACAUAUAAGUGUGCCUUACCCUCAGUUCAAUAUCAUAUGUUUCUAUCUUAUUUGGUUGGUUCUAUUUAUUUGUACAGGUUAGUGUCAUUUACAACUGCUGUUUUAAUGCUAUGUUUUCACGUGUUUUAACAGAUGAUUUACAAACACGUCUUUUUUUACGUUGUGCUUUUCUUGAAAGACAAUGCCUACCUUGUUGUUGACCGUUAAGCUGAAUCUCAAGCAAAAAUAUUCAUAGUUACAAAAGCUUGCAUGCAAAUAUUGUCUAUGAAUCAUUACUGGAGCUGAGGGGGGAAGUCUUAAAAAAUGCAGCCUCUUUUUUUGCUAAGCUUGACUGAAAUGUAAGUAGGUUGUGUACACUGUCAAUACUGGUUUCCAAUUCAGAAUCACUUCAGGAUCCCCCCUACACACACACUCCAUAUGCAUGUCAUGCACCCACUAAAGAUUAUUACUACUUGAGGCCAAUGGUUGUUAUGUUGCCUCAAUGUCUUAUGUCUUAUUUAUGUUUGAUUAUGUAAUAGGUCUACAAUGCCUGAAUCAAUUGACAUUGUGAGAGUUGUAUGAAUGUCCUCACAAAGCUUAGACUGAAAGAAAAGCAAUACAUGUGUUAUGGGUCGAAACAAAUGUUUGCAGAUGGUUGUCCAGGUGUAUAUAUAAAUAUUCACAAUGGAAUGUUUUCAAUUGAAUUUAAAUGAAUAGUGCACACCCAGUGCAAAGCCAACUCCAAAUUGUCAAUGCUGUGUGCAUGUCGCAUCUAGAGGUCUUGCAGUGCACGUUUGUGAAUGCUUAUUCCGCGAAUGAUUUAAUUGAUCUGUGUCAAUCAACUCUAGAUCAUCGUCAUCCCUGUGCGGACAUCCAAAAACCUAUCCAAUCAAUUUACAGUGUACCUUUUUAAAUAUAUAUAUAUAUAUAUUAUUCAUAAUACAAAACCAACUUACAUCAAACAUGUCUAACAAAACAAAACGCAUGUAUUAAUAAGAAAAUACUCAAACAUACAAAAAAUAUCAAUAAAAUAAUAGAAAUAACUAUUCUAGUGCAAUUGUAUUCACUCUGAGAAAAUGUCAUGAUUAAGGAAGAUGUUAUUCACUAGGGAUAAUGUCUUAACAAGAGAAUUCAAUCAAAAAUAUGUGUAAUUUUGGUAUAGAAUUCUGGAAUUUUUGUUUGUUUAUAAAGUAUUUGGCAACAAGAAUUUAAAAAAAUUCAAUAAUUUCAAUGGUCUUGUUAUUAUUGCAAUAGUAAUAUAAUAUAUCCUUCAUGUCAAAAACAUGGGUAGUGUUCAUAACGGUAAAUAAGUAUUCUGCAAGGUUUUCACAGAAUUCGGACACACAUUUACAUUCAAAGAACGAGUCAGAUUCUCCCCUUUUUCACAGAAAACGCAGAUAUCAUCAAUAGCCACAAAUUUGGACAACACAAUUUACAUGGAUAUAUCUUAUGUAGAAUUUUAAAGUGCACUUCCUUAAAUUUGUUUGGUAUACAAUAACCAAGCUUUUUCUAGACAAUGUCAGGAAUAAGCACGUUCCAUAACGAUUUUCCUCUCGGUGUAAGUUGGUUUGGUGAAUGAAGAAUUUGUCUUAUAUAUUUAUUACAACUUGAUUUCUCAAGUAAGCCCACACCUUCCAAUCUCAGUUCUGGAUAAGCUCUGUGAUCAUUCCCAAAGCUAAGAUGAGUUUUCAUUAGUGUAGUUAGACUACUGGGAAUGGCUUUGAUCACAGAAAUAAACUCUCUGAAAGGUAUUGGAAAUUCAUUCAAUGUUAUAAAUUGUUCAUAUGUAAGAAUAUUACCUCUGAUGUCAAAAACAUCAAGAACAAAGUCAAUAUUCCUCUCAUGCCAGCUGGGGUAGAACAAUGACUGAUUCCUUACAGUUAUGUCUGAAUUAUUCCAGGAAACAUUUUCCAGGCCAUUCAAGCUUGUUGGUGAAACCUAGCCAAUUUAGUGGUUAAUCAUUCAGGAAUAUAAUUACAUUUCAGUAAAAAUGUAACUUAUUAAACACAUCAAACAUCUUUUCAACCAGUUUUCAACCAACACUUCCAGACCGCCUUCAGAUCUUUUAUUAGAGAGGACUGACUCUUUUAGUUGGUGAGACUUAUUUUUCCAGAUGAAGUCAAGAAAGGUCUUGUUGAUCUCUUUACAACUAGAGGGACUUACAAAUAACGAUAAUGAGGGGUACACGAAACGAGACGGUCCCUCUGCCUUGGACAGAAGUACUCUCCCAAGUAUAGAAAGAUCCCUUUGUAGCCAAUUAUUCAAUAUAUUUUUUGUUUUCUUAAUUUUAGGAGAGAAAUUCAUGUCUGACUAAGUGCUUUUUUUUGACCGAUGUAUUCCUAAAUAUUUAACACAGUCCUUUACAGAAAUGUUUUCUAUUUCUUUAUCAUCAGUCAUUUAAACAUAAGAUUUCACAUUUAGAAACGUUCAGUUUUAAUCCUGAUGCAAUGGAGAAUGCAGUGAUGGCAUCAAGGGCAUGGGCGACCUGGUCUUUGUUUCUUUAAAAAAGAGUAUCAGCAAGUUGGGAAAUUUGGAUUUCUUUGUUAAAAAUGGUUAAACCAUACAGAUUUGCAUCAUUCAGAAUAUCUAGAGAAAGAGGUUCCACAACCAAAAUGAAUACAAAUGGCAUCCCUGUUGUACACUUCUGUUGAUACGGAAUAUUUGGGAUGUAUUAAGGUUUAGUAACACAGAACUCUUUAUAUAGUUGUAAAACAUGCGAAUGACUUCGAUAACAUUUUCACCGAAGCCAAAAAGUUAACCGAUUGAAGCAAAUCGAUGUUGAUGUCGUAAUCGAUCGAACGCGAUGAACUAACAAAUGUUUUUGAAAUUAAACACAAUAUAGUUUUAAACAGUGCCACAAAAACGUUUAUUCAUAGAUAACUGUUCGCUAUAGAGCUCAGCUUAAUACUGAAUAUGGUAAAUUGUUGUUCAUCAUGUUUACUGAGCUUUCAAGAAUGUACUAUAUUUGUAAUCUGUCUCUCGCUAUUUGUAUAGGAGAAACCCUGGGUGAAAGAAUUGAAAUGGGUACUAGAGGAUUUGAAGGAUGACCCUAAGAAAGCUGUCUAUCGACCAAGCAGCAGGACCGAAGUUAAGAAAAUUUACAUAACCGCUGAUAAUCAAGAGUAUCUGAAGGUUAAGAAGAGGACCAAACAAAAGUCAGAGAAGUCCUAUUCCCACUCCUCCAGAAGCAGGGCAGUGAUGACCCCAAUUGUCCCUAUAGCUCUGGGGGAGCUGGAGUCCCCUGGAACCAGUGAUGAUGAGGAGGCCACAGACCGGAAGGAGAGGGUCUCCAGUGCCAGGGAACGGCAUGAGCAAGCCAGAGCCAUGAUGGACACAUUCACUGAGAAGUUCCACUCUAUCGCAGAGGAUCUCCAAGAGAUGAAGAUUCCCAGGAAGAGGUCCACUCGACUGCGGUCAUCAUGCUCCCAGUCUGCCAAUGAGGAUGGAUCCCCCCUGGCCUCUACCCAAUCAGAUAAGGCCCUGAGGCGAGACUGGUCACGACAUAUGAUUACAGCCGGAGAGGCCGGUGGUGACAUCAUUCGAACACCUUCAUCAGCGUCAUUAUUCUCUUUGCCAACCAUUUAUGAGGUCGUCAAGGGGAGCAGCGAGUCCAAACCUGAUGUGUCCGGAGAUGAUGUCAAAAAGAGCAAGACGUCCAAAUGUAAAGUCAGGCAAGGCUUUCGCUAUUUCACCAAGGCUUUGACUGGACUGUUGCGUACAAAAGAUGACCCUACUGGAGAUGGACGGAUUGCGCGAAGUGUGACACCAUCCAAUGACACACUCAACAUGGUCAUGGCUCCUCCACAUCCACUCACUAACUGGCAUUUGUGAGCUACAUUCAGACAAAAAGGCAACCGCAUUUUGUAUGGAUGAUAUUUAGCAGAGGAUAUGUUUUUCUUAUAUAAAGGGUACAAAUGAAUAAUACAACUGUUCUGUUGGGAGUGGCGGUGUUUGGGUGGAAUCACUGGGGAAGCCAGAAAAAAAGCCAUGUGUUGUGAUAAUUGCGUUGUUUGCUCUAUAAAUCCUUUGCUCUAUAAAUCCAACCCUAGACUUUGAGAUUGACAGAGUAUGCAUCAACCUCUGUUCCUACCCAGCACUAACUGAUUCUACUGAUCAUCAAGACCUUCAUUAGAUAUACAGCUCUGUAAAGAAAUGAAGAGACCACUGCAAAAUGAUCAGUUUCUCUGGUUGUACUAUUUAUAGGUAUGUUUUUGGGUAAAAUUAACAUUUGUUUUAUUCUAUAAACUAUUGACAACAUUUCUCCCAAAUUCCAAAUAAAAAUAUUGUAAUUUAGAGCAUUUAUUUGCAGAAAAUGACAACUGGUCAAAAUAACAAUAAAGAUGCAAUGUUUUCA